UAAAGCUUUAUACUGAUACAGUUUUUAAAAUGUUUUUUUCAUUUGGAUCUGUUUAUUGAACUAGGGAGAUGUGUUGAUAUGUUACAACUAAAAUCUCAGUAUUAUAAGAUUAAUGCAAGUUUCUCAGUUUCUUCAGACAGGAAGCAGGGUCAAAUGGGGAAUCAGAAAGGGAUUGGGCAGCUCUCCAGGUAGGUCCUUCACAAAAUGAUGACACAAGGGCUCAGCUAUCCUCCAAGCUAUCCACCCUUUGUCCCUUAUGGCUCCUUUUUUCCUCCUGCUACCCUGGAGUCCCCUGUUAGAUUGCUGUGCCAACUGGUGAGUGGAGAGAGAGUAGGAUGUGGAUCUCUCAGGAGAUCCUAAGGUGUCAAACUUAGAAGUAGAUACAUCAUUUUUGCUUAUGUUACAUAGGCUGGAGCCCUGCAACUUGUUCUGACGAAAGUGCUAUGAUAUAAAAAGCAAGAUUGGUGAGUACCUAGUUACUUUCUGCCAUAGGCAAUAUUAUCUCCAUUUUUACAAACGGCAAAACAAGUUUUAAAUGAUUUACUCAAUUUCACACAUUGAUAAAUGAAACAGAUCCAUACCUCUUAUCCUGGAAGUCUGAUUCACAGUCUAGUAUUUAUGUGAUUUGUGGCUGCUCAUCAGUUCCACAUCUUGUCCUGGAACUGUCAUACUUGAAUAGAGUUUUAAAUUUGGUCGGGGAGAUACAUUUAACUUUUCUACAAUUACUGUAAGUUUUGUUGACAGUUUACAGAGUAAUUUAUUUAAAUUAUUUUCUUUCUGUGUUUUUUUUUCAAGCUGUACUUUGUCUUUUAGAAUAUAUCCUUCAGGAUAUAAGUAGUAUGCAGUUCACUUGCUGUGAACUGUGUUCUUACAUGACAGCAUAGUCAACUUUUAAUUUAAAUUAAAUCAAAAGGCAUAUCAGCAUUUUAUUACCAAAAGCAUGCUAAGUAUUAAGUAGAGUUUAAGAUCCCAAUGCUCUCACUCUUAUCUCUUUUUCUUUCCUUCCUAAAAGGGAAGAAAACUCAUAAGAAGUUGCUUCUCUGUUGUGAACUGCUUUCCCUCAUAAAAGGAACACUUGUUCUAACAGCUAGUCACAUCAGUUAAGGGCAUUCUUAUCCCCCACAUACCACUGAUUUGUAGCCAAAGUAUUCACUACUUUGUAUUGUAAUAAAAGUUCCUUUUUGUUUUGAAGUUUGCUUGGCCCCUCUUUUCUUGGAGAGUUUAAGGUGGUAUCAACAUCCUACAGAAGAAGAAUUAAGAAUUCUUGCAGGGAAACAGCAAAAAGGGAAAAGCAAAAAAGAUAGUGUUACAUUACUUUCCAGAAUACCAGUGGCUGGUGGAUUUCACAGUGGCUGCUACAGUUGUGUAUAUAGUAACUGAAGUCUACUACAAUUUUAUGAAGCCUACACAGGAAAUGAAUAUCAGCUUAGUCUGGUGCCUGCUUGUUUUGUCUUUUGCAAUCAAAGUUCUAUUUUCAUUAACUACACACUAUUUUAAAGUAGAAGAUGGUGGUGAAAGAUCUGUUUGUGUCACCUUUGGAUUUUUUUUCUUUGUCAAAGCAAUGGCAGUGUUGAUUGUAACAGAAAAUUAUCUGGAAUUUGGACUUGAAACAGGGUUUACAAAUUUUUCAGACAGUGCGAUGCAGUUUCUUGAAAAGCAAGGUUUAGAAUCUCAGAGUCCUGUUUCAAAACUUACUUUCAAAUUUUUCCUGGCUAUUUUCUGUUCACUCAUUGGGGCUUUUUUGACAUUUCCUGGAUUACGGCUGGCUCAAAUGCAUCUGGAUGCCCUGAAUUUGGCAACAGAAAAAAUUACACAAACAUUACUUCAUAUCAACUUUUUGGCACCUUUAUUUAUGGUUCUGCUCUGGGUAAAACCAAUCACCAAAGACUACAUUAUGAACCCACCACUGGGUAAAGAAAGUAUCCCUUUAAUGACAGAAGCCACAUUCGAUACUCUGCGACUCUGGUUAAUAAUCCUGCUGUGUGCUUUGCGGUUGGCCAUGAUGCGUAGUCACCUGCAAGCUUAUUUAAAUUUAGCCCAAAAAUGUGUGGAUCAGAUGAAGAAAGAAGCAGGGCGAAUAAGUACAGUUGAGCUACAGAAAAUGGUGGCUCGAGUCUUUUAUUAUCUUUGUGUCAUUGCACUGCAGUAUGUGGCGCCUCUGGUAAUGCUGCUUCACACAACUCUGCUUUUGAAAACACUAGGUAAUCAUUCCUGGGGUAUUUAUCCAGAAUCUAUCUCUACCUUACCAGUGGAUAAUAGUCUACUUUCCAAUUCUGUUUACUCUGAAUUACCAUCAGCUGAAGGGAAGAUGAAAGUAACUGUUACACAAAUAACAGUGGCUUUGAGCAGCUUAAAAAAUAUUUUUACUCCUCUUCUUUUUCGAGGACUUCUGUCUUUUCUGACCUGGUGGAUUGCUGCUUGCCUCUUUUCUACAAGCCUUUUUGGACUUUUCUAUCACCAAUAUCUGACUGUGGCAUGAAUCUCAGUUGACAAAAAAGCAUAUCCACAUCACACUUUAAAUUCAAAUAUUUGUGCCCUUAAAGGGCUGAUGAAAAUCAGAAGAAAGCAAAUACAAAGGAAAAAAAACAUAUCAGAAUAUUUUGUAUUAAAUGUGUCCUCUAUAUUCUCAGGGUGAAUUAAUGUUAUAAUAUUUAAAAUUACAAAAUAGAUUGUUAACUGUUACACUGUGGCAUUGGAAUUUUAACUCUGUAUUUACUGGUAUGAGAGGGCUAUCUACAAGGGUAAUACUUCUGAUUACCUUGGUUUACAGAAACCUCCAGCAGUCUUUGAAACAUCUCAUGUGACUCUAGUUAUUGAUUGCUUUUAAUGGUAUAAUGGUACUGUUGAUAGUUAUAGUGGCUGCCUGUAGAACAAUCUUCAAACUGAGCCAUGCUUUAGGGGAGGGAAAGGGGCUAAAGUCUCUUCUGUUGGUAAUAUAUUAGUUACUCUUGAAAUGAUAAAAUCCAACAGAAAGGAAGAGAUAGCUACUGUAUAUUACAGUAAAGAAAGCUGCAGUUAUUUUAAAUUUAAUGGAGAUGAAUAUGCUUAAUAGCUACAACUACUGCUGCUUGAGAGUAGCAAGAGUAUUAUUUUAGAACAUAUUCUACCCAACUUGAGAGUUCUUUUAAAAUGAUUGGCCGUAUGAACACUUGUAAUCUUGCCAUUAAGAUUGGACCUGCCAUAUUUUAUUUUAUUCUAGCAUCCUAAAUGGCUGCUUUUAAUAGUCUAAAAAUAUUUAUCAAUACUGAUCAGACUUUGAAGAAAUUACUUUGUAAACCUGCUGUCUACCUGUUUGUAUUGUAUAUAUAUAUAUAUAUUAUAUAUUAAAUAUAUAAUAUAUUGAGAUUAUAAAAGAUGAAAAUAUUGAAUCCUUAUAUUUUAAGUUGCAGAAUGUAUGUUAAAAAGUGAUUUGAAUGAGAUGUAUUUGUAUCUAGAAAUUUUAUUUCUUUUUGGAAUGAGAUUAAAAUACAUUUUGAAAGUUCA